AUGGUGGAGCCUCCUUGGACAAGCGAACCAGAAAAUGAACCAGCUACAGUUCUUGACUACAAUAGAAAUACGAACUGGAAUCAUCCGUUAUUUUUCGCGUAUUACCCGGCAGCGUGUUCCUAUCCUGCAAUCAUUUCUGACAUUCUCAGUAACGGUGUGAAUUCGGCUGGAUUUGACUGGAAUUCCGUCCAAGGCCCAGGAUGCGGAAUCACUCAGACGACAGCCACUGAGUCAACCAUGUUGGCGGUAAUGUAUGCCAGAGCUAGAAUGGUUGAUAUGAUCAAAAACAACCCAGCAGCCCUGCCUGCAUGUGGAGGACUCAAGAAAACUGUGCGCCAGUUGUUGGAAGAUGUUCGCCGCACGCGUAAGGUGGAAGAGGAAGAUCCGGACGUAAUUACCUCUCCAUAUCACGAUCCUAUAGUGUUCCGUAGACUGAUUGCCUACUUCACAGAUCAG